AUGGUUUUUUUUUUCGCACAGUAUAUUCCCAAAAAGGAAUAUUUGGGCGAUUUUGAGAUUCUUUCUGAAAUUGGAAAUGGAGGAUCUGCUGCGGUAUAUGCUGCGUAUUGGAAAAAAACUCCAACAAAAUUUGCAAUUAAGAAAAUUAAGAAAAUUAUUGACAUUUCUACUGAAAAAGACAUUAUUAAUGAGAUUAAUCUAAUGAAAAUUGUUGAAUUUCAUCCAAAUAUAAUUACAUUUUGGGGAGUUAUAAAAAGUGAAAUGAAUUAUUCCCUCGUUCUUGAAUAUGCAGAUGGUGGAACAUUAGGAAAAUAUCUAGAAAAUACUAUAACUCUUAAGUCGGAAGUUCAAUUGAAAUUUGCUAAAGAAAUCGCAAGUGCAAUCUUAUGUUUACAUGCUAAUGAUAUUAUUCACCGAGAUAUUCAUCCAAAUAAUAUCUUAAUACAUGAACUUACAAUAAAAUUAGCAGAUUUCGGACGUUCAUGUCUCCAAGGAUCGGAUGUUGAUACCGGAGUGUUUGGUGUAAUACCUUACGUGGAUCCUAAAAUGCUUGAUCCAAAAAUUCCAUACAAUUUAUCGAAAAAAUCUGACAUAUAUAGUAUGGGAGUAAUAUUCUGGCAAUUAACAAGUUGUUCAUCACCUUUCAAUUUUGAAAAAAGAGAUUAUACUUCCAUUACGUUAGACAUCCUUAAUGGCGCAAGAGAAGAAUCUAUUUCAAAUACGAAUGUUAAAUUUAUUAAACUUUAUCAACAAUGUUGGCGACAUGAACCAGACGAAAGACCGGAUGCUGAUCAAGUAGUUUUGGAACUUAAUAAAAUUGAUUCCGAAAAUAAUUUUGAUUUUGAAAAGAGUGAAAACGAAAUUAAAAUAACAAAAGAAUUAAAAAGCGAAGAAAUUAAAGAUGAUUUUUCGGAUUGUCACUUGUUAAAUUAUUAG